AUGCGUUUCCCAUCUUCCCCAUAUGCGUUUCCCAUCUUCCCCAUAUGCGUUUCCCAUCUUCCCCAUAUGCGUUUCCCAUCUUCCCCAUAUGCGUUUCCCAUCUUCCCCAUAUGCGUUUCCCAUCUUCCCCAUAUGCGUUUCCCAUCUUCCCCAUAUGCGUUUCCCAUCUUCCCCAUAUGCGUUUCCCAUCUUCCCCAUAUGCGUUUCCCAUCUUCCCCAUAUGCGUUUCCCAUCUUCCCCAUAUGCGUUUCCCAUCUUCCCCAUAUGCGUUUCCCAUCUUCCCCAUAUGCGUUUCCCAUCUUCCCCAUAUGCGUUUCCCAUCUUCCCCAUAUGCGUUUCCCAUCUUCCCCAUAUGCGUUUCCCAUCUUCCCCAUAUGCGUUUCCCAUCUUCCCCAUAUGCGUUUCCCAUCUUCCCUACCAUCUCGCUCCCUCGCCCCAGGAGCCCACAUUCGCAGGGCUGGAUGUGAUGCGAGCCAAGAGAGAGUGCAUUACACAACCAAAACAAAUCCUUCCCCGCUCUUCCCUUCCCCUUUCCCUUCCCCCUUGCUUCCCCUCCCUUGCCUCUCUCCGUGUCCCUCCUCUUGCCCCUCCCUGCGUUUCUCCCCCCAGGGCCCCAUUGCAGCGGGGCUGGAUGUGAUGCGGGCCAAGAUGGAGGCGCACCAGACAGCCAUCAGCAAUGCUUUCCCCCCCUUUGACCCUUUCCUUUCUUCCUUACGUUGCCCUUCAUUGCCUCUCUCCAUCUUCCUCCCGCCCUCACCCCAGGGCCCCAUAGCAGCGGGGUUGGAUGUGAUGCGGGCCAAGAGAGAGGCGCACCAGACAGCCAUCAGCAAGCGGCGAGACAAGCUGGUGGCGGAGGGCCGUGAGGUGUGGGGCCAUGGUCUGGGGGACGAUGGGGAUGAGGAUGAUGAGCGGAGACGGUUUGAGACGGCGGUUUCUCUUUGCAAGUUCUGUGGACAUACUUCUUACUAUUCCCCUGCUGUCCCCUCUCAUACCUCUGCCUGCCGUUGCCUCUCAUGUCCCUGCCACCCUCUCUCAUGUCCCUGCCACCCUCUCUCAUGUCCCUGCCACCCUCUCUCAUGUCCCUGCCACCCUCUCUCAUGUCCCUGCCACCCUCUCUCAUGUCCCUGCCACCCUCUCUCAUGUCCCUGCCACCCUCUCUCAUGUCCCUGCCACCCUCUCUCAUGUCCCUGCCAUCAACCACAAUUUCUCUUCCUCUUCCUCCCCACUCCCCUCUCCCCUGCAGCUUCGAGGCAGAGGUUUGAGGCGGAGGUGCUGGAUCUGGCUCCUGAUGAUGGCGAAGGGGCCCAAAAGAGGAAAUCAGUGUUUCACUGGGAUAAGAAGAGCAAGAAGUACAUCAAGCUGAACCCCGGGGAGACCCUGGGUCCAUCGGGCAAGGUGCGCACGGAGAGCGGCACCAAGACGAGUGCUGGCAGCAAGGGCAUUUACAAGCGGUGGAAGGAGAAGACGCACAUGCGCGUGGGCGGCAGAGGGCCACGUGGCAGCGCUGGAUUGGACGCGGGCGAGGAUGCUGACGGCAUGUCGGGCAGAGGAGGGGCGGGUGGGCGAGUGAGGGAUGAGCUGCGCAGCGUGGAUGAGGUUAGGAAGAUGCGCCAAACAGCCAUUGCCAGAGGAGGCGGGGGGAGAGGAGGGGGUGGAGGGAGAGGGGGAGGUGGAGGGAGAGGAGGGGGUGGAGGAAGAGGAGGGGUUGGAGGAAGGGGUGGGAGUGGAGGGAGGGGAGGAAGGGGAGGGAGCAGAGGGAGGGGAGGGAGUGGAGGGAGGGGUGGAGGGAAGGGAAGGGGUGGAGGAAGGUCGAGUUCGAGUGGGAGAGGGGGAGGUAGAGGGGGCAAAGGCAAGAUGGGAAGGGGUGGGAAUCCUCACAUCUCUGGUCUUGGCAAGAUGGUGGUCCUAUCAGCUGCGAUCAUCAGCAAGACGGGAAAAGCAUUGGUGGCUCGACAAUUCGUAGACAUGGCUCGGAUUCGCAUCGAAGGGUUGCUUGCAGCUUUCCCUAAACUCAUUGGAAGCGGGAAGCAGCACACGUUCGUCGAGACCGAGAAUGUGCGAUAUGUGUAUCAAUCACUCGAAGGUCUCUAUUUACUGCUGGUCACGAACAAGCAAAGCAACAUCUUAGAAGAUCUCGAGACUCUUCGCCUACUAUCGAAGCUCGUACCUGAAUACUGUCCAGGAUUGGACGAGGAAUCCGUGUGUCACAUGGCCUUUGAGCUCAUAUUCGCGUUCGACGAGGUCAUUUCGCUGGGCCACAAGGAGAACGUGACUAUAGCGCAGGUGAAGCAGUACACGGAGAUGGAGAGCACGGCGGAGAAGCAGUACAAGGCGGACAUGCUGAGCAAGAUCAACGAGACCAAGGACCUCAUGAAGAAGAAGGCGCAGGAGAUCGAGAAGCUCCGGGCGGACAAGAGAGUCGAUCGUGGGGGGAUUUCAGGCGGGCUGGCGAGCAUGGGUCCGGGUGGGGGUGGUCAGAUGUCCAUAAACAAUGGCUUCCCGGAGAUGGGCAGGAUGGGAGGCGGUGGAGGGUUCGGAGCUCCCGUUUCAUCUGGUCCAGAACCAGGGCGGGCGGGCGGGAGUCUGGCGGCGCCGUCCAAGGGCAUGGGCAUGAAGCUGGGCAAGUCCACCAAGACAAACCAGUUCCUCGAGUCGCUCAAGGCGGAGGGCGAGAACAUCGUCGAGGACGUCAUGUCCGCCGCCGCCGGUCCCGGUCUCGCGGGCGCUGGUGCUGGCGGGCCAGCGGCGUUCGUGGCGACGGAUCCGAUCACGAUUCUGGUGGAGGAGAAGCUGGUGGCGGUGUGGAAGCGCGACGGCGGGCUGGAGAACAUGGAGGUGCAGGGCACCAUGGCGCUCACCGUGCUCAAGGAAGAAGAUGCCUUCAUCCGCAUCCAGAUCGACGGCGGGCAUGACAAGAGCUUCCAAUUCAAGACGCAUCCGAACAUUGACAAGGCGCUGUACGGCAGCCAGAACAUCCUGGGCCUCAAGGACCCCAACCGGCCCUUCCCCACCGGCAGCCCGCUGGGCAUCCUCAAGUGGCGCAUGCAGUCCAAGGACGAGACCGUCGUCCCCAUCAGCAUCAACUGCUGGCCGUCGGUGUCGGGUGCAGACACGUAUGUGAACAUAGAGUACGAGGCCACACAGGCAUUCGACCUGCGCCACGUGGUGGUUGAGAUCCCGCUGCCGGCGCUGCGUGAGGCGCCCACGCUCAAGGACUACGACGGCGAGCCCAGAUAUGAUUCAAGGAGAUCCGUGUUGGAGUGGUGCAUCGACCUCAUCGAUAACUCCAACCGCAAUGGGUCGAUGGAGUUUGUGGUGCCGGCCACCAACCCCGACCUCUUCUUCCCCAUUGAAGUGCGCUUCACGUCCGCCAAGACAUUCUGCGACGUCAAG